ACCGACACAAUUAUGCUUUUUGUAUCUUCAUGUUUAUUCGAAAGCAGACAUUCCAUAUUUGUUUAUCACAUAUACCCAUACAACUGUCCUUAUCAUGUUUUAAAUGUGAGACCGGAAGAGUGCAAAUUUGAAAGGAUAUGGAGAUUCCAGCAGAGCAAGGGACACACAGACACCACACACUCAACUCUCACAACCCAUCCAGGAACAGGAGCCCCUUCAGUCUCAGCAAGAAACACAGAUGAUUCAAACAGGAGCAACGCAGCACGAAGUAGCAACAGUCCACCCAAUCCCAGCACAAACCACUCAACAACACCAAGAGUUGUGAUACCAUUUGCAGUACCUGCGAAUACACCUGAACAACCCUUACAAACACAAGGUCCACCUUUUCCACAACAUAAUACGUCAAGUCACAUGUUUCGUCUGCCUCAUGAGAACGAUCCAAGAAGCUGUAAUCAUUAUGUGUCCUGCCCCAGUGCCCCAAAUCCGCAUUACUACGCAUCUAGCUCUGAUAACCCUAGGUCAGAUGAUACUGUAAGGUUGGAAGCCGCUUACCAAGAACCGAAUUCUGUGGAGAUUUAUAAUCACGCAUACGAAGGUACAACUGAUGAUGUACAGUCAAACAUAAUGCUGGAAAAUGUCAAUUCAUACCACUGUAUAUCUAGCUCAAUGGAAAUAGGUAGUGGUAGAGCAACGAGUUAUGAAGAGGCCUAUCAAGUACCGUCUGCUGUCGUUGUAACUGAUCAUGAUUAUCAAGGUAAAUCUGAUGAACAGAAACAGUCAAAGGCAGUGCUUUCUGGAGGAAUAUCUAUGGAAUUCCGCCCUUUGCCACAUAGACCAUCAUCUGCUAACUGCAACGAAGGGCCAACUCUGCCUCCUAGAAAAUCCUCACGAGGUCAAAAACAUUUUCUUUUGAAACAGAGAAACAGUAAUAUCGACAAAGAAAACAAUAAUUUUCCCGGAGCUUGCUCAGUAGAUUCAAAAGGAUUACGCCACAUACCCAAGAAACGUGAACAAGAAAAAAAAGAGAUCGACAAAGAUAUGACCCCUUUCUACCAUACUCUCGAAAAAGAUGAACUAACAAGGAGCCUUGGGGAAGAUAACCAAGGUCCAAUCAGCACAAAUUCACAGGGCAAUACUAUUCGUAGUAGGGUCCAUGGCAACACCGACUUGAUAAACACAGACAGAAUGAUUGACAAUGUUCUUUAUGUUCCCAUGACAUCUUGCCAAAAGAAAUAUUCACAUUCUUAGGACUCAGGACAACUAAUACUAACCAUACCUACUGAGGAAACCAACUGAAUAUCACAAAGAACACCGUGUAUUGUGCUUCCUGUUCUUAAUCUCAUGUGUAAUGACCAUAAAAGAGUCAUUGCUUAUCAAUUGUCAUUCCCUAUUUGCUUCCAGACUUCUAGUGUAGAGGAUUGUGAAGUGCAAUGUUAAAUAAUUUCGAGAAACAUAUCAUGAAAUUCUAAUAUCAAAGCUUUCUUGAAAUAGCUUCAGAAAUUUGUGAACUGAAUUCAAUGGAUGCUUUUAAAAUUCUGCAUCAGUGAAGUGUGUGAACAAAUAUAAGGAAUGGUCCAUGUUAUGACGGUUUUAUUUAAUAUCAUUACUUGUGUGCUUUGCUAUUACUAACUGUUGUGCCUUAAAAUGAAGAGAGAGUUAAACAGUAAUGACAUUUCAGUUUGGUAACGUAAUAACGUAAUGUAAUUACUAUGUAAUGUAA